ACCAUGUCCAAGGGACCCCAGGCUGAGGCCUUCGUCUUCUUGGACCUGGAAGCCACCGGGCUCCCCAGUGUGGACCGCAAGAUCGCCGAGAUCUCCCUGUUUGCCGUCCACCGCUCCUCGCUGGAGAGCCCAAAGCGCGAUGAGCCUGACGCCCCGGUGCUGCCCCAGGUCCCGGACGAGCUCAUGCUCUGCAUGAGCCCGGAGCGCCCGUUCACUGCCAAGGCCAGCGAGAUCACCUGA